CCCGCCGCUUCCGUCGCGUCACGUCCGCGGGAAGGGGAGCGCGGAGCCGGCGCGGCCAUGGCGCCCAAGGGGAAGGCGGGCACCAAGGGCAAGAAGCAGAUCUUCGAAGAGAACCGGGAGACGCUGCGUUUCUACCUCCGCAUCAUCCUGGGAGCCUCCGCCAUAUACGCCGUGGUGAACCUGGUCGUCUUCUACUCCGCCGCCUCCGCCUGGACGUGGGUCGCGUUCUUCUUCAGCUUGGUGGUCUACGGCACCAGCUACCGGUCCAUGAAUUCCAUGGCAAAACCGUCUUUCACAGACGAUGGCAGCCUUGCCGACGGGGGAAUUGACCUGAAUAUGGAGCAGGGGAUGGCAGAGCACCUCAAGGAUGUGAUCCUGCUGACAGCUAUAGUCCAAGUGCUGAGCUGCUUCUCGCUCUAUGUCUGGUACUUUUGGCUCUUGGCUCCGGGGCGCGCCCUCUACCUGCUGUGGGUGAACAUCCUGGGGCCCUGGCUCACGGCCGAGUCCUCGCCCGCCGCUCAGGAGCCCAACGAGAAGAAGCAGCGCCGACAGGAGCGCCGACAGAUGAAACGCUUCUAGCCCUGCCUGGGGAUAGAUCAACACCCUCUCCCAUCUCCAUGCUGUUAUUUCAUCAGGGAUGCGACCAAAACCAAUCCAAAACCACCGCAGUAGCUCUGUUGCCCUCUCUGUCACUGCUGCCAUUCCGCCAGAAAGGCUGCAAGAGACUUCCCCUGGCUGGGUCUCGGCACGGGCUGAGGCCUGGCUCCUUGGGCUGGCAAGGGGUGAUGCUGGGAUGUGUGUAAAUAUCUUUUUAAAGCAGCGCUGUAUCGCAGUCAGCGUUCGGGAGUGCAAUGUUGGAGGAAAUAGUACAUUAAAGAGCAGAGUCUUAAUUGAC